AUAUAACCCCUUCCCCGAGGGUGCCCGUCUCCCCCCGGGGCAGGGUGAGACCCAGACGGGGCAGCGGCUGCAGGGAAGCUCCUCGGGAAUUCACAGCAGGUUCCAGGGAUUUGGGCUCCUUCCUCCCGGCAGGUCCAUGUCCAUGGAGCACCUGGUGCUGGGAUUGGCACUGCUGGCUGGGGCUCUGGCUGCCAGCAACACCCUGAACCUGAAGAGGGUUGAGAAGAAGGUACUGGACAUGGCCCCCACCUCCUUUGAUGACCAGUACCAGGGCUGCAUGUCCAUGAUGGAGAAGGAGCUGGGGGAGCUCAACCGCACCGAGUUCGCCAACAACAGCGUCUACGCCACGUACUGGGCCCAGGCUGCUGCCGAAUGGCGGAAGCAGGAGGGUCAUGUCCCCCAGCCACCUUCGCUGCGGACGGAGCAUGCGGUGGCCCUCCUGGCGUACACCAUGCCUGGAGGCAUGUACAAGGAGUUCAACACAGCCGUGCGUGAGGGCGGGAGCUCCCGCGAGGAAUACCUGAACAAAUUUCACUUCAAGACGCUGCAUUUCCUCCUGACCCAGGCCCUGAGAAUCCUGCGGAAAGACCAGCCCCCCCAGUGCUACCAGGUCUACCGGGGGGUCCAGGGCAUCCGCUUCAGGGCCCGGCGCCGAGAUCUCGUCCGCUUUGGCCAAUUCACCUCCACCUCCUUCUUGAAGUCGGUUGCCAAGAAAUUCUCCAAGGACACCUUCUUCUCGGUGUCCACCUGCUAUGGUGUCCCCAUCAGGCACUUUUCCAUGUACCCCAAUGAGGAGGAGGUCCUGAUCCCGCCCUACGAGAGAUUCGUGGUCACCAGAAUCACCAAACGUUGGAAGAAAACCCACAUCCAGCUUGAGUCCACGGGCACAUUCAGCAAGUACAACUGUGAAUGGCUGAAAGGUGACAUCCCCCGUGACGGUCCCUCUGUUCCUCGUGAUGGUGCCUCCAUCCCUCGUGAUGGUGCCUCCAUCCCCUGGGGAAGCGACGCCAGGACCAGCCGUGGGACUUCAGCGCAGAGCGCCCUGGACUUCGGCGAGGACACCUUCUUCUCGGUGUACACCUGCUAA